UGCCCGAGAUGAGGGCGCCUGGAGGGUUACCUAGCAACGGGCGUUCGCCCGUCAAUGCUUCGCCAACGUUAGUGAGAGAGCAGUUGUUUCGUGUCUUGCAGUGCGUAUUGUGGUGGAAUAUUUAGUAACAAAUCAUGUAUGAAGACGAUGGAUCAUCGGAAGGCCCAAGGGGCACCUUUGAAAUUUAUAAAGCAGAGGCUGAUGCACUUUUCAAACAGGGAGACUACAGAAAAUCCAUCGAAAGUUACACGACGGCACUGGAACUUCAGACAGGAGACAAAACCUGCCUAGUUGCGAGAUCAAAGUGUCAUCUUCAGCUGGGUGAUACCAAAAAUGCCCUUGCUGAUGCUGAAGCUUCACUUCAGGAGGAUAAGACUUUCCACAAGGGGGUCUACCAGAAAGCUGAAGCGCUGUACUACAAGGGAGACUUUGAGAUGGCAUUGGUGUUCUAUCACCGUGGUCACAAGCUACGCCCAGAGCUACAGGAGUUCCGGCUUGGGAUACAGAAAGCUCAGGAGGCCAUUGACAACUCGGUUGGAACUCCAGAGAAGGUGAAGCUCAACACAAGUGGAGAUCUGACAUUCUUUCAGGAUCAGGAUGAUAAGCAGAAGAGAAAGCGUCAAGCAUAUGGAAGCUUUGCUCGCCAAAAUGCCCAGCAGCAGAGUAAGCAGAAGCGUGACACGACCCGUUCCCAGGCCAGCGAGAGGACCAUUAAACAGAUGCUGGGAGAGUUGUAUGGGGACAGGAAGUACCUGGAACUACUCCUCAAGGAGACAGAUGCCUCAACGAACACAGGGAAGACGAUCUCAGACCUGGUAGAGGAAGGUCUGUCAUACCUGGACACUCGCACAGAUUUCUGGAGACAGCAGAAACCCAUGUACACAAGGCUGUAUGAGCGUAGAGAACAGCGUCGGCGACGAGACUCCGGAAGCAAGGGCCAGUCGCCUCAGGAGUAUGUCAUGAGUGAAUUGGAGAAGAUAGAUGAAGCACAACUAAAUGGAAAGACGUCGGAGAGUCUGAAGCGAGCAGAGAAGUGUCUGGCAACAGUACAGAACUAUGGGGAUGAUGCCAUCCCCAACAAGAUGGAGGUGAUGGCCAACCUGCACAGCUACAUCGGUAAUGCCUUCCUCGACAUGGGUCAGUACGAGAAGGCACUGCACCAUCACAGCAUUGACCUUGUUAAAGGUCACAUGCAGCACAUGAGAUUAAGCUGCCACUUGGAGCUGGAUGCAUACGCCGAUGCCAAAAAUUAUGGGGAGAAGUCUCUGGCAGCAUCUGAGGAUGCUCAGGACACAGUGUGGCAGCUGCAGGCAUCAGUUCUCAUAGCUCAGGCACAGGUGAAGCUGGCAGACCUCCAGGGGGCGCUGGUCAGUUUUGAGAAGGCGAUGGACCUAGCCAUGGUGCAGGAUGACCGAUCAGCAGAGGUGGCCAUCAAGAAGGCCAUUGAUGAGGUCAACAACAAGAUUGUGCAGUCACUCAAGGCAGAUAAGGAAGGUGGGGCUAGUGAGGAGAAGACAGGAGAGGAGGAGGGUGACAAGACAGAACAGGAUGACAACAAGGCUGCGGAAGAAGGCGGAGCUGCCUAGAAUGGGACAGACACAAGUCAUCUGGUGUCACUCAGACUCACCUUUAUGUCCAUGGUCAGACUCUUCUUGUCAUGGAGAUGUAAUCUUCAUGACUGUUGUACUGCCAAAUAUUGCUGGAUUACCUACCCUGGGACAUCAUGUGUCUUGCAGUUGAAGGCUUUGGGCAUUCAAGAUUGACUUUAUUUUGUUAGCUGGUUAUUUCAUGCCAGUUAUAUGUUGAGUACAUAAUUUCCUUGUUACAAAUGUGUCAAAACAUCAAAUAUUAUAUGUUCAAAUUAUGUUUACACUUGUUGAAAGUGGAUUGAAGCCAACUGUGAUAUGCAUUAAAGGUAUUUACAUCAUGAAGUUGCA